AUGCCAUACGUUGAAGCAGCAGAAGAAGCUUUUGAGUCUUCAUUCCAAUCAUUCGAGACUGCAAAUGCUACAACUUUACAUGGGAAGUUUGGAAGACCUAAGCCACGACUUUUAGAGACCGCCUUUAAAGGAGACAAUGGGAGCUUAGACAAACUGCUGAUGAUGGCUAAGAAUACAAAGAAGUUCGGGUUGGGGAGGACUAUUCCACCUCGCAGCCACUUCUUCAGAAGUGCCGGCACAAUCCAUCAGGAGUACGAUGAGAGCUCUGUAGUGGCAGCAGUGACAGAAGAAAGAGAGCAAGAUAUGCCUAGUUUAGAUACAGACAUCGUAGUGCACAAAUUGCCGAUCAACCCAGAGUUCAAGCAGGUGAGACAGAAGUUACGGAAAAUGAGGCCAGAUAUGUUGAUCAAGAUAAAGGAUGAAGUAAGGAAGCAAAUUGAUGCAGGGUUCCUUACAAUAUCUAAUUAUCCUGAGUGGGUGACGAACAUUGUCCCUAUACCAAAGAAAAAUGGACAAGCUAUUAAGGGGAGUGCUUUGGCCGACUACCUAGCUCAACAACCUAUAAAUGACUACGUACCGGUGAAGUUCGAUUUUCCAGAUGAGUAUAUCUCCACCAUAGCCGCAAGUGAGGAAAGUUUAGACCCGCAAACUUGGACCAUGAUGUUUGAUGGUGCCUCUAACGAGUUAGGUCAUGGGAUAGGGGCUAUUUUGAUAUCACCCAAAGGGGAACUAUACCCUCUUACUGCUAGAUUAUGUUUUGACUGCACACAUAAUAUGGCUGAGUAUGAAGCAUGCUCGAUGGGCGUCCAAGCUGCUAUUGAUAUGAAGGUUAAGAAACUUAAAGUUUUUGGGGAUUCUAUGCUAGUAAUUCAUCAACUAAGAGGAGAAUGGGAAACAAGAGACGUUAAAGAAAAUAAUCAAGUAGCAGAUGCAUUGGCCACAUUAGCGGUGAUGUUCAAUUUAGAACUUAAUGAGGAUGUUCGUCCGAUUAAAGUUGGGAGGAGAGAUAUCCCAGCUUCUUGUAUGAGCAUUGAGGAAGAACCCGACGGUAACCCUUGGUUUCAUGAUAUCAAGCAAUAUAUAAAGAGUAAAGAAUAUCCACCAAAUGCUUCAGAAAAUGAUAAGCGCACCCUUCGCAAGUUGGCAAUGAAGUUUUUCUUAAAUGGAGAGAUAUUGUACAAGAGGAACCAUGACAUGGUUCUCCUAAGGUGUGUCGAAGGAAGAGAGGCCAAUAGGAUUAUGGAGGAAAUUCAUGAAGGAGUUUGUGGCACUCAUGCAAAUGGGCACAUGAUGGCUAGACAAAUUUUAAGAGCUGGCUAUUACUGGCUAAGUAUUGAGACAGAUUGUAUUAAAUAUGCAAGAAAAUGUCACAAAUGCCAAAUUUACUCGGACAAGACUCAUGCUCCUGUUUCUCAUUUGCAUACUUUGACAGCUCUUUGGCCUUUCUCUAUGUGGGGCAUGGAUGUGAUAGGACCUAUCGAACCUAAAGCAUCAAAUGGGCAUCGAUUCAUUUUGGUAGCCAUAGAUUAUUUUACUAARUGGGUAGAAGCAGCUUCUUACCGAGAUGUGACRAAAGGAGUUGUAGUCAAAUUCAUCAAGAARGAAAUUAUUUGUCGUUAYGRYCUUCYUGAAASCAUAAUUUCCGAUAAUGCAARGAAUUURAACAACAAAUUGAUGAGUGAGCUUUGUGAGCAGUUUAAGAUCAAGCAUCUCAACUCAACCCCUUAUCGACCUAAGAUGAAUGGUGCAGUGGAAGCCGCCAACAAAAACAUAAAAAGAAUAAUUGAAAAGAUGAUUGUAACUUAUAGAGACUGGCAUGAAAUGNGACCUAAGAUGAAUGGUGCAGUGGAAGCCGCCAACAAAAACAUAAAAAGAAUAAUUGAAAAGAUGAUUGUAACUUAUAGAGACUGGCAUGAAAUGCUUCCAUUUACCUUACAUGGUUACCGCACCUCAGUCCGUACUUCAACUGGGGCAACGCCAUUUUCUUUAGUUUAUGGUAUGGAAGUUGUUCUCCCUAUUGAAGUAGAAAUUCCAUCAUUGAGAGUUAUCAUGUAA